UCGGCUCCCCGGGGGCAUGCAGGCAGCGCUGGGCACUGGUGUGUGGCUUCCAGGAGGUACACCUUUGCUCCUCCUACACGAUCCCAUUGCUUUUCCAAAGGGCGCCCGCGCCCGUCGGAAAAACCCGAAGAGGCGGAACCUCCCGCUGAGGACGCACUUCCCUUUCCAGGCAGGAAGGGAGGGGGCGGCCGGAGCGGUGAGACCUACAGGACGCGCAUGCGCUCUUCACAGGCGGCCCCUGGAGGGGAAUCGAGUUGCGGGACUCACCGCCCCGCCGGGAGUGCGCCUGCGCGGUCGCUGGGUCCCUCCACCUCUGCUUCCCCUCCCACUGUCCCCCCGCCGGGGCUCCGGGUCAGGCGGGACCAUGUUCACCAGCACCGGCUCCAGUGGGCUUUACAAGGCACCUCUGUCUAAAAGUCUUCUGCUGGUCCCCAGUGCCCUGUCCCUUUUGCUGGCGCUGGUCCUGCCACACUGUCAGAGGUUCUUCGCGUAUGACCUCCAGUCAGUCAAGGACGACUUCCAGAUAUGGAGGCUACUAUGUGGAAGAAUAAUUUGCCUUGAUUUGAAAGAUACUUUCUGCAGUAGUCUGCUUAUUUAUAAUUUUAGGAUAUUUGAAAGAAGAUAUGGAAGCAGAAAAUUUGCAUCCUUUUUGCUGGGUUCCUGGGUUUUGUCAGCCUUGGUUGACUUCAUCCUCGUUGAAACUGUCUGGUAUUCCUUUGGUAUCACCGCAUCCAGGAAUUUGCCUUCUGGAUUCUUGGCACCUGUGUUUGCUCUGUUUGUACCAUUUUACUGCUCCAUACCAAGAGUCCAAGUGGCACAAAUUCUGGGCCCGUUGUCCAUCACAAACAAGACAUUGAUUUAUAUAUUGGGACUACAGCUUUUCACCUCUGGUUCCUACAUCUGGAUUGUAGCCAUAAGUGGACUUAUUUCUGGUGUCUGCUACCACAGCAAAAUGUUACAAAUUCAUCAGGUGCUCUGCAUCCCCAGCUGGAUGGCCAAGUUCUUUUCUUGGACGCUUGAGCCCAUCUUCUCAUCUUCAGAACCUACCACCGAAGCCAGAAUCGGGAUGGGGGCCACAGUGGACAUCCAGCGACAGCAAAGAAUGGAACUGCUUGAUCGGCAGCUGAUGCUUUCUCAGUUUGCACAAGCAAGACGACAAAGACAGCAACAGGGAGGAAUGAUCAAUUGGAAUCGUCUUUUCCCUCCUUUACGUCAGAGACAAAAUAUAAACUAUCAGGAUGGCCGACGGUCUGAACAGCAAGCAUCCCCUGCUCUGGAGGUUUCUGAGGAACAGGUUGCCCGGCUCAUGGAGAUGGGAUUUUCCCGAGGUGACGCUUUGGAAGCCCUGAGAGCUUCAAAUAAUGACCUAAAUGUGGCCACCAACUUCCUGUUACAGCACUGACGCCCCGGCAGACAACAGUGGAGUGGCCAACCUGCGGACCACAGCGGGCGGGCGCUGUCCCCACUCCCACGUCAGCCCGAGGGCCCAGCAUUCUCGUGCAAUGUUCUCAGUGUCCUCGUGGGCACAGGGUGGCCCCACUGCCUCUCCCUUAAUUCCACGAUCGUUACUGCUGAGUAUUGAAAAUGAGUUUCAAUACUCUCAAAUAAGUUUGCCAUUAAAUUAGCAUGUGUUUUCUA